AUGGAGGCUCCACCCAGAGGUGGUGGACCUUCUUUGGAGGGAGUUCAGCCAGGCGGAAGUGGAUCUAUUCGUGUCGCAGGAAAUGACACACUGUCCACUCUGGUUCUCCCUCACACAUCCAGCCCCACUUGGGCUGGAUGCCAUGAUUUCACAAGUCUGUUCGUUUGCCCUUCAUCAGCCACCAGAUUUGCCCUGAUUUUGAAGCUCUCGUCUGAUAUUUACAAACUUGUACAAAGUGACUCCUAUGCUACUAAAAAAAGCUGCUAUAAUGAUCCACAGCUGUUUGGGUCACAGAGGACCUUGGAUUCCAUCGUGGAUGGCGUUUCAUGCAUGCUCAAGGUUCCUCGCAGGAGUUUGCAUGUGAUACGUGCAUGUCUUGCAACAUCCAAAGGCUUCAUCUCAGGUGAUCUGUGUUAUUUGGAGGAAGAUGGCACAAAGGUGGACUGCAGUUCCAGCUCCACUGUGUUUCUGGUGUCUUCCAAUGUUAAUGGGAUCAGAAGUAUCCUUCCUGUUUACUUUAACCAUGUCAUUAAAUGAAUGCCACCA